CUUAAAAUGUCGAUCAAAUUUACUUUGAUUUGUGCGGCUUUUAUUGCCUUUCAAGGUAUCACAGCUUUUGCUGUGAAGGAAGAUGUGGAAGGAAUUGCUAAAGCAGCAAAAAGGGCUCUUGAAGACUACAAAUCUAUUACCGCAGCAUAUAUUGAUUAUGCAACAGAAAAACUUGGAGCAACUCUUGCAGAAAAUGAAGAAGCUGCUACCGCCGUCGAAGAAGCUGGAUCUGUAAUAAUCAAAAACAAUGUUGAUGCAUCUACCAAGGAAUUGGAAAAGCUGGAACAACUCGCUCAAGAUUGGAACGUUGAUAUCUACGAUUGCGCUGCGGAUGCUCGUGAAAACUUGAAGAGUUUGAUUGGAACUGUUAAUGGUGAUUUGAAGAACUGCAAUUCGAACAUCAUCAAUCAAUCCACUCUUAUUAUGGAUGAUGCUAUUGAGGGGUUCAAAGAUAUGGCUUCUGAGGGAACCGAACGGUAUACUGAAUCCGUUGAUGGUUGCAUUUCCGCCGAUCCGAAAGAUCAAUACAAAUGCUUCAAUGGAGUUUUGAACGCUAUACAGAAUAGUAUUCAUACCUAUCCUAAUUACGUAAUCGCAAAUGUUAAGCAGGUGCAACAACAGUUGAAGGUGGUCGGAAAGGGUCUGGAGCUUUGCGAGAUUCGGGCCGGUACACAAUCCGCGCAAUUGUCCGCAAAGAUCAUCGGAGUUGUGACCAGAUGUCUCAGCAAUAAAUUACCAGAACCUCAAAUGUAAUUUAAUAUAAAAAUACCAAUAAAUAAUAUGCAAAUUA